UAUCACCCUGUUCUUGAGCUGUCUAUAAAUCGUACUGAUUAUUGAGAGUAAUUUAGCAUGCUUCCCUAAAGAUACAAUCUUGUCCACCGAUUUUUGUAAAAACAUUUAGACAAAUUCAGAAAACAAGAUCUUUCCGACACGUUUACGAGAAAGAACAUGGCGGCGAGUGCAGCCUCUUGUGAUCUGUCUACUGGAUCGUCUGUGUACGAUACAUCAGAGGAGAAAACCAAUGGCUUAAGACUCGUGCGACUGCUUGUUGAUGGAGGAACAGCCAUUUUGCGCAAAUUUUUGUAUUCUGUUUACCCACCGGAACAUUUACAGGUCGUCUUAAAGAAGAAUAAGGCAAAGCUUCAAAGGCUAAAGUCGAAAGGUGUAAUAUUUGCAACCCAAUGGGAAAUGUUAUUCCCUCCCUCAGGUGAUCCACCGAACGCAGAAGUGUUCGACAUUACACUAUUGUAUUUACUGCUCCGCAACGUUUGUUAUCUUACGGUGCCUUCCACUGGAUGGCACGAAAUGCCUCCGCACGAUGACGAUAGUCCUGAAGCCAACAUCGUCCGGAUCAAGUGUUAUAGAAAUGAUUUGUCUCACCGUGCCUCUACCGAAAUUUCAAAAGGCGAAUUCGAGGAUAUUUGGACUAAAAUAUCUUUAGCUAUUGUGGCACUUGAAGGAAGUGUACUGAGGAAGAAAAUCGAAGCCCUGAAAACCGACCCCAUCGAUCGCAAAACUCAGCAGCAUCUGGAAGAGAAAGUCAAACAAUGGAGGAAAUUAGAAGAACAAGGUUCGAGCGACGCAAAGUCUGAUAUUCACAGUUGUUUACCAGACAAGCUACCAGAUAAACUACUAUUUGGUCGAUCCCGAGAAACACAGCAAGUCAUAGAUAUUAUUGAAGAAGGUACAAUCCCUGUUGCUUUGAUCACUGGAGGACCCGGAUUUGGAAAGACAACUGUAGCGAUCUCAGUAGCUCACGAAUUAGCAAGAACCGAAAACAACAGGGCUGUGUUGUUCUGCAGUCUCUCAUCAAGAGCAAGUUUAAAUGAAGUAGCCACAGAAAUGAUCCAUUCAUGUGGAGAAAUUCAAACGAAAUUGCCGGAGAAUCCAGAGCAAUGGCUCAAAAACUGGAGUAAACAGAUUCAUACCCGUGUAACCUUUGUCCUCGACCAUGCAGAUGAUAUCCUCGACUCUAAUUGCAAAGAACAGUUUCUAAGCCUGUUGCGUACCGUAAGAAUGCUGUCAGAGCAAAGAGUGACCUAUGUUAUUACCACAAGGAAGACUUUCAAAGAUUCUGAAAUGCAUUUUGAUGAGAUAAGACUUAACCCGUUAUUACCCGAAGAGGCAAAAAAUAUUCUUGUUUCUCGCGUGUACGACAAAGAGGUCCGAAAAAAGCUGAGCAAGACAGAAGAAAUAGUCGAGCUAUGUGGUUUCGUUCCUUUGGCACUCUGCGUUGUUGGAUCCUUGCUUUUAGAUUUCCCAGAAGAAAGGCUUAUUAAAAACCUCAAAGAGAAACCUUUAGAGGUUCUGGAAGAUGACCAGAUUUCAGUGAAAAAGGCGAUAAAGACUUCAUUCGAUCUCUUGGAGAAACCUGAACAAGAUGCUCUCGUUCUCAUGUCUGUGUUUCCGGGUUCAUUUGACUCAGAUGCUGCUGAGGCUAUUGUGGAAGCGUGUGCGAACUCUAGAACGCUGCCUAUUUCGAUCCUCCGUUCCUUGAAAAACAGGUCCCUCGUGGAGCAGCCAAGUUCCCAAAGGUAUCAGUUGCAUUCACUGAUUAAAGCCUUCGCUAAAAAUGUCUGUACAUCAGCACCUCUGUUAGCUGAGGGAGAGAAAGUGGCAUGUGCUCAUUACAUGUGUCGCCUCGCAAAAAAUGUCAAUCUCUUUUGGGGUAAAGACACUUGCAAACAGUCCUUCGACGCCUUUGAUGAAGAUAGACAAAAUUUUGAGCACUUCCUUCUGGCCUACACACAAGGAAGGGAGAACGGCGAUAUUGCUGUCAUGGACUCCUGUGAAGAGUUUCUUGCCAGUCUUCCCCAGAAACUAAUGUACCUUGAGAAGUGUGUUCUUCCCAGAUUUUACACCGAUUUCUUAACGAAGCUAAAUGGAACCAUCCAUCCAAAUACUCAUCCUGAGCACAAAGUGGAACUGUAUUGUCUUCUUGGACAUGAAAUUAGAAAAGAAGGAAAGAAAGAAGAAUACGAGGUCUGCAUGGAGGAGGCAGAAAAGCUGUAUUUGGAAAACAAAACCAAAUUCGACGAGAACCCUUUGUCAGAGGUUAUAUAUCUCAACAGUCAUGCUCGUCUUAUCUCCAAGAAAAGGAUACCCGACAAGCCCAAGGAGGUGUACGAAAGAGCACUAAAAAUCUGCGAGCAAAAACUCCCUAAUCAUCCUGAACGGGCGGCAACAUUUUUGUUUGCUGGAAGAAAUUCCAAGCGCCGAAAUGAAUACGAGCGUGCUGAAGAACAGCUCAAUCAAGCUUUGGACCUCUCCAAGAAGUGUCUCGGUGAACACAUUAUGACUGCUCAGUGCUUUAAAGAUAUCGCCGACUUCCUGUUCUUUGCCAAGAGAAAGUUACCAAAAGGUGAACGAAGUUUUGAUGCUGUUCUUUCAUAUUACGAAAAGUCUCUGGAAAUGUUAGAACAUCUGGGCAGGGAUGGCCACAAGGAGACCAUUCUAACUCUGAAGAACUGUGGAUCCUGCCACAGUAGCAAUGGUAACUACGAGGAAGCAAGAAUGUUUUUGGAAAAAGCAGAACGUGUUGCCGAGAGAGAACUGGAGAACGAUCAUAGGUGGAAAGUAAUGGUGAAGACAGAGCAGGCCCUUGUGUUUUACAAAGAAAAAAAAGAAGAAGAGAUGAUAGAGGCAAUGCAAAAUGGACUAGAAAUGUGUUACAGACUCGGAAUGACUGUUGAAGACCUAGGCAACAGGCAUCAGAUCCGGGAAGUUCUAGACCGUCAUUCUGAGAAAUUUCCAAAGGAUAAGUACCCUCGCUGAAAGGAAUGGACGCUCGUUUCAAUCUGAAUGAAGAAUGAAUCGACGAGGAACUUUAAGCCCUUCACUGAACAACUGACUUGACAUUAUUUCUGACUUGAAGAUCGGUAUAUUACUUUUUUAGACUUAUAAUAAUAAAUCCACCUCUCCCACGUUAUUUUGCAUAAUGAAUUUCAAGCAGCGUUGCUUAAGGAGAGUGCUUUUUUGUAGUAUUUUGGAAUAAUUCAGUGAAGAUUAGAAGCAUGCAUGAAAAGAACAGCAAAGUGUAUCUGAUCGAGUACUGACAAUUCAGAACUCUGAUAAUUAAUGGAAUAUCUCGAGCACUUACUGCCCAACGAGAGUUUUAUUAUUCAAAAUUUACUAACGCAAGAUUUGUUUUGAUUUCAUUCAGAAUUAUUUGUUCGUAUCAUAACUCAACCGGCCACUUUACUUUAUUUCAUGGUAAGAGGGGUAAUUUUAAGGGUAAUUGAAGAAAUGUGACCGAAGAGACUCGAUUUUUGAAUUGUUCUUAUACAUAGUGCAGACUCAAGCGAAAAGGCAAAAUUUCUUUGAGCAUAAUCAGUUACUCGUUAGACAAAUUUGUUUGACUGCUUUCAAGUAGAAAUGUUCCGAAGAUUGUACUUGUCUUUGUCGGUUGUCACUUUCACAGCAAAGCUUACUGUCAAACUUACUAGGUUGUUUAAAUGUAUGUGAGGAGGAUGUUUAGCGAAUUUCAACCUCAUGUCUGCGAUAUUAUUUCUCCAACAUGGGUAUGUCCUCCUCUCCACGAAAUUUUGCAGAUUACUUUUCUUUAAUCUCAAAAUACUAAGCGAGGAAUCUUAAAUUUGAUUCACCACUGUUACCGUGUGAUGUUAGGCAUAGGAAAAUUAGGUAUUUGCAGAAAUGUUACAAAAGAGCAUUUAUAUAUUCUAAAGAUAAAAACAAUUAAGUUUUUUUCGACUGAAAAGAAUGACAUAUUCUUUGCUCUUUUGCUGUUAAAUUUCGACUGACCUGCUUAAGAAAUACUUGAAAUAUGUCUACUCGUGAAGGAUGGAUAUCAUUACAAAUCACCGGCAACAGCAAUAAUUA